CAUUGCUGACGAGUGUCGUACUAUGCAUGGCCUUUGAAGAAUUGGAUAAGACAGUGUAGCUGGUUAAAUGACACGCCUUAUCGUGGAAGAGAGUUUGACACAUUUUACAGAUAAUCGGCGUUAUCUUGAGAUCUAUCAAUGGUAGACGCCGGAAGCAGGUCCGUGGACACGGAAGUAAGCAUGUGACAAGUGUCGUUUGGAGUUCACGAGGAGAGUGUGAACGACACACACCUGAAUGGCAUCAAACGGCAGAACGACAUCAUCAGACUCCUCCAGUGCACCAGGCAUGCCCACAGUUCUAGCACACGACCAAGCACACAACGUCGCCCGAUUUGUUGCCCAAAUUAUUCAAAGUUCUGUGGAGAUAAUUAAACAAGAACAAGACCUACUGAACUUCCUUGACGAGGCUCUGGAAGGCUUAGGUGACGAUUAUUCAGUCGAAGAUUAUCCACUGACGGAGCAGAACACAUCACCUGCAGAAACGAUGACGAGUGUAGCACCUAUGCCUAUUCCUGUAUGUCAGUUAAAUGGAGAACCGAUGUCGGAAUGCGACGAAGACGUAAAAAGCGACCAGACAUUUACUAAAGAAACGGCGGAGAUGGACAAUUCAAUAGGUGCAGAAAUCCCAAAUCUGUCUUUGAUGCACACUGAUGGUAGCAAGCAGAACCUCAGUGCUUACAUACAGGACAUUAUCCGAGAGGCCCACGAUAAAGUUACCACGGAUGACGCGGAGAUGGCGCCCCUAGCAACGGCGGAGAGCAGCAUUCAGGAUGAGUCAAACCUCACCGGAAUUUGCUUUACUGACGACAGUCCCUCAAAAGAAUCACGAAACGCAACAAAUCAAGAUAACAGAGAAGAAGAAAAUCUCUCAGAAUCUGUAGUAGAAGUACCAGCUCCAGAUAUCCACGUAGAAGAAGCGAUUAUUAACAACAACCAUCACGAAAAAACGCCGUUAGAUGGUGACAUCGACGAAAUAAUUGAAAUCGAGGAUGACAGUUUUGGACAGCAAUCGUUCGUAGAGAUGAAUAGUAAGGACAGAGGACUCCCGAAUAAAAAACGAAAACGUAUGAGCAGAAUCAAAGAUUCUAUUCUGAACCUGUUCUCGUGCACGUCAUCACGUGCAACAGAUACGUCAUAGUAUUAUACGCCUCAUUUGCACAAUUGACAUUUGAAAUUACGCCGUCAACGUCGUUUUAUAUCGAAUUAAACACAAAGUGUGCAGGAAAUUGCGCAAGACAUACCGGAAAUGGUAUAAGACAACUCAAUACUGAACGGAAGUGACGUUAGCUGGAUUUACAGGGUUACCAUGUGUUCAUUUGUUGUUGAUUUCUGGAGUUAACGUUGUUGACGUUGAUUAAGAUGGCCUCAUCUAAGUAAUUUUAAACCUUACUUCGCGCCUGAUCUCUGUGAUAUUGGACCAAAAGGACCAAAUGUGACGUCAUCGAUCAAGGAACUAACGAACAACUUUGGUGUGUCAAAUGCAGUACUAAUAAUUUUAGAUACUGUUUUAAAGAAUCUGGAAGGUUCUGAUAUUCCUAGUAAUAAUUCUAGUAUAGAAAACACAUUAUCUUGGAAAUAUUUAUCAGGAAAUCAAAAUGUCCGGAUUAACAAGGUUCCUCAUACCAAGUAUUGAAUCCAGUAGUGCGGACCGAUCAUUUAGUUGGGUGUUAUAUGGCUGUAUUGUAGGGCAGCUUACCAUUCAUUGAUUUAAAUGAUGGCUUAAAGUCAUUAUUGAUUCUAUACAGGUGUUCCCUAACUCUUUAGCAUACGUGCUCUUACAGGGAAUUUCUAAUGACGUGGACGUCUGCGAGGAAGCAUACCGCUGUACUAAAUGGUGUUUAUCGUAUUAUUUUCUGUCUGUGUUGCAAUACAGAACCGGGCCAUCAAAUGCCAAAAUAGAAUCUGACGCCAUCAAUUUGUGAGUAAUUCAGUUUCCUGCCUUGAUUGCCAUUCAACUGAAUUACAACGUUAUUUUGUCUAAUUUUCAUCAAUUUCACGAGACAAGUGAACUCAAUUAACCGGAAGUGCUUUGACAUCCGGUAUGCAGACUCGUUCGCUUCCGCGACGGAAGCCGCAUUACCUCAUUAGGAGAGCGACCGGAUGUACAGUAUACUUGAUAGAGAGGAUAUUGAGCAAUGACACGAAAUGUUCGUACAUCACAAAGAUAAAAUGGGACAGGUAUCUCCUUAUUUUCAAUGCGACAAUAUAUUCGUGUAUCAUACUCGUCAAUUUGUGCCUGGAAAUUAAUAAUAACACUUAAAUGCUCUGGGACAAAUUUAUCAAUUCCCGUUUAUAGUUCGGUGGUGAUUUAGAUUAGUAGAAUUUGUAUCUAUUGUAUCUAAAACUAUGUUAAUUAUAACAGAAUCAUCUGAAUGAAAAAUCAGACAUUGAAAACUCGGUGAAAUAGUUGCCCAGAAACCAUGUCACGUGAUACAAAAUGGUAGUUCAUUAUUGUAGCAAGUGUCUGAACGAUUUUCCUCAAAUAAGUGUCCUCUUAAUAGGCCAAAUUCAUGUUAUGCAUAAAGAUCAUGAGAUUGGAAUUUAAAUUGUUUUUUUUUAUACCUUUA